GAACACUUCUGAGGUCACAGUUUAACUUCCGGGUUAUACAGUUAACAUGGCGGAUAAAGAGAAGAAGAAGAAGGAGAGCAUCUUCGACUUGUCAAAAUACAUCGACAAGCCGAUUCGAGUGAAGUUUCAAGGAGGACGAGAGGCCAGCGGUGUCCUGAAGGGUUUUGACCCUCUGUUGAACCUGGUGUUGGACGGAACAAUCGAGUACAUGCGUGAUCCUGACGACCAGCUGAAGCUGACAGAAGACACCAGGCAGCUGGGGCUGGUGGUCUGCAGAGGAACCUCCGUAGUGCUAAUCUGUCCUCAGGAUGGCAUGGAGGCUAUACCAAACCCCUUCAUACAGCAACAGGACGGCUAGCACACAGCCUGUCACUCGCUGAGUUACUAUCACACACGCACGCAGACACACGCGCACACACACACACAGCUAGAUCCAUGCACACACUGGAACAUUUUGUGGAGUUUUUUGUUGUUUUAAUUUUUAAAAAACAUAACAGUAACAAUGCGUCCAACAAAGCAGAUUUCUGUUAAAAAUCUUAGUUGAUCAGCAAAAGGACACUUGAAAGCACUUCACUUUUGUUUUUGUCUGUGGUGUGCAAGUGUGCAAAGAUUUGAGUUGAGAAGAGCCCACACAAAUGUUAAACGAAACCAUUUUCUUUUUAGCCACAAUAUGAAACUUUUUACUAUUCUUUGUUGUUUUUGAUAAGAAAAUAAAAUGAAAAUGUAUGUUGAGUGUUGAUA